GGAUUCGAUUCAACUUUUUAGAGCGGACUCCAUUACUAUGAUAUUAAGCGAGUGAACGAUAGCUAGUCACCUUCGACUUCACGUUGAAAUCCUCGCUCGUUCUCCGGCGAUGGCGGCUUUGCAGCUCUCGGUGACGACGACGACGCCGCCGCCGCCACCGCCUUCUGGCCGCGAGCGCCUUCCGCGGCGCCGCGACGACCUGCGCGGGUCGCUCGGCUCUGGCCGCGGCCUCGGGGGGAAGAAGCCGGCGCUCUUGUUCCGAGCUCGGAACGCGAGGCCGCUCCGGACGGGGAGGCCUCUGACGGUGACGAGCGUGUCCAGCGAGCCGAAGCCGCGGCUCGAGGAUUCGCCACUCGACGAAGAGCCAAGCAGUCCGAGUCCUCUCAAGCCAGAUGCUGCAUCCAUUGCCUCAAGUAUCAAAUAUCAUGCGGAAUUUACGGCUCCCUUUUCUCCUGAUAAAUUUGAAUUUCUGAAGGCGUUCUUUGCAACUGCUCAAAGUGUCCGAGAUGCUCUCAUCAUUAAUUGGAAUGCAACAUAUGAUUACUGUGAAAAGUUGAACGUAAAGCAAGCAUAUUAUCUGUCAAUGGAAUUUCUACAGGGAAGAGCACUGUUAAAUGCAAUUGGUAACUUGGAGCUCACAGGUGCAUAUGCUGAGGCCUUAAGCAAACUUGGGCAUGACCUGGAAAAUGUUGCAGUCCAGGAAGCUGAUGCUGCACUUGGAAAUGGGGGUCUUGGGCGUCUUGCCUCCUGCUUUUUGGACUCCCUGGCAACUUUAAAUUAUCCAGCUUGGGGUUAUGGACUUAGAUACAGGUAUGGCUUAUUUAAGCAACAGAUAACUAAAGAUGGUCAAGAGGAAGUCGCGGAAAGCUGGCUUGAGAUGGGAAAUCCGUGGGAAGUCGUGAGAAAUGAUGUCUCCUAUCCUGUAAAAUUCUAUGGCAAGGUUGUGUUGGGAUCUGAUGGUAAAAGAUGCUGGAUUGGGGGAGAAGAUAUACGUGCAGUUGCAUUUGAUGUCCCAAUUCCUGGUUAUAAGACUAAAACUACCAUCAAUCUGCGGCUUUGGUCCACUAAAGUUCCUUCUGAAGAAUUCGAUUUAUCCGCUUUUAAUGCUGGAGAGCACACUAAAGCAAAUGAGGCACUGUCGAAUGCUGAAAAGAUUUGCCAUAUACUCUAUCCUGGUGAUGAAUCCAUUGAGGGAAAGAUCCUCCGCCUCAAGCAGCAGUAUACUUUGUGUUCAGCAUCUCUUCAAGAUAUUAUUGCUCGUUUUGAAAAGCGAUCUGGAACAUAUGUAAAAUGGGAAGAGUUCCCUGAGAAGGUUGCAGUGCAGAUGAAUGAUACUCACCCAACACUAUGCAUCCCAGAACUGAUGAGGAUUUUAAUGGAUGUUAAAGGUCUAAGCUGGAAAGAAGCUUGGAAUAUUACUAGGAGGACUGUGGCGUACACAAACCAUACCGUUUUGCCUGAAGCACUUGAAAAAUGGAGUUUAGAACUUAUGCAAGCGCUUCUUCCUCGGCAUGUUGAGAUUAUAGAGAUGAUUGAUGAAGAGCUGGUUGGAACAAUAAUUGCAGAAUGUGGUACCAAAGAUCCUGUUUUACUGGAGAAAAAAUUGAAGGAAAUGAGGAUACUGGAAAAUGUUGAUUUGCCGCCUGCUUUUGCUGAGUUUAUAAAACCAGAAGAGGAUCCUGUUGCUUCUUUUGAAAAGGAACCAGAAACUUCCAAAGAACUUAACAUUAAUCGUGAAGAUGAACCUGAUAAUGUACAAGCUCAGGAGAAUAAUGAAGAAUUACCGGAGCCUGAACCUGAGCCUGAACCUGAGCCUGAACCUGAGCCUCCUAAGAUGGUUCGGAUGGCUAAUCUCUGUGUGGUGUGCAGUCGUGCUGUAAAUGGUGUUGCUGAGAUUCACAGUGAAAUCGUAAAGAAGGAAGUGUUUCAUGAAUUCUUUACGUUAUGGCCUGAAAAAUUUCAAAACAAAACAAAUGGGGUGACACCGAGAAGAUGGAUUCGUUUCUGCAAUCCUACUUUAAGUAAAAUUAUGACGAAAUGGAUUGGCACAGAAGACUGGAUCCUCUGCACAGAUAAACUAGCUGAGUUGCGUAAGUUUGCAGAUAAUGAGGAUCUUCAGACCCAAUGGAGGGCAGCAAAGAGGAGCAACAAAAUGAAGGUUGUGAGAUUCCUUAAGGAGAAAACUGGAUAUGCUGUUAGCCCUGAUGCGAUGUUUGAUAUUCAGGUGAAGCGCAUCCAUGAGUACAAGAGGCAACUUUUGAACAUAUUUGGAAUUGUCUAUCGCUACAAGAAAAUGAAAGCUAUGAAUCCUGCUGAGAGGAUUGCUAAGUUCGUGCCGCGAGUUUGUAUUUUUGGCGGAAAAGCAUUUGCCACAUACGUGCAAGCUAAAAGGAUUGUAAAAUUUAUCACAGAUGUUGCUGCAACAAUUAAUCAUGAUCCUGAAAUUGGUGAUUUGCUUAAGGUGGUAUUUGUUCCUGAUUACAAUGUCAGCGUUGCUGAAUUGCUGAUCCCUGCAAGUGAGCUCUCACAGCACAUCAGUACUGCUGGGAUGGAGGCCAGUGGAACCAGCAAUAUGAAGUUUGCAAUGAAUGGUUGUGUCCUGAUUGGAACCUUGGACGGCGCCAAUGUUGAAAUAAGACAAGAGGUUGGAGAAGAUAACUUCUUUCUCUUCGGUGCUCGAGCUCACGAAAUAGCAGGGCUUAGGAAGGAAAGAGCAGAGGGAAAGUUCGUUCCUGACCCACGAUUUGAAGAAGUCAAAGCGUUCAUCAGAAGUGGCAUUUUUGGGCCCUACAAUUAUGAUGAGAUGAUAGGAUCUUUGGAAGGGAAUGAGGGUUUUGGUCGAGCAGAUUAUUUUCUCGUGGGCAAAGACUUUCCUAGUUACAUCGAAUGUCAAGAAGAAGUUGAUGUGGCAUAUCAAGACCAAAAGAGAUGGACAAGGAUGUCAAUUCUGAAUACAGCAGGAUCAUACAAGUUCAGCAGCGAUAGAACGAUCCACGAGUACGCCAGGGACAUAUGGAACAUUACACCUGUUGAACUACCGUGAAGGGUUUACUCAUCAUCCACGAGAACUUGCCUUGCUAUCGUCUUAGCUUCUGGCCAUUGAGGUCGAGCAUCAGCGUGAACAUGGGUGAGUUAGGCAGACCAAUUUCUGUGUA